UGCUGCUGCUGCUCACAGACGCCAUAGUGAAGCAAGGUGAGGCGCUGCACGCCAUUACCUCACGGCUCAAUGCCUGGACAUGCCCUGCGACUCUGCGUGGAUGGUCCUGUACAGAUACGGAACUGACAUCAACUUCGUAAACCCACCAGCCUUACCAAGUACGUCUUCCUUUCACCAGCUACUGCGCCGGUUCACUAGCUACUACCACAUCCCGCGCGCCCGCUCCAGGGGCCGACCGCUCAAGCUCCGAUACCACCAUUAGGUGUUGGGGCUGGUCCUAUGCUUCUAUGUUGGCUCCAUGGAGCUGAGCAGCUUGAUCAUGCUGUUCGGUGUUCCUCCGAGUACAUUGGCGCGGACCCUGCGACGGGCUGAGGAAGCACUGUCCAAGACACUGGACAACUACGCCCCCGCACGCAUCGCAUGGCCGUCACCCAGCCGCCAGACUGAGCUGGCGAAGCUCGAGAUCCUCUGCUGAAGCAUACCUUCGGCUGUAUCGAUGGGAAAAACUAUAAGGCACAGGCAACGCUCAUUAUGAAACUGAAUUGUAUUGCGAUAAGUUACAGCUACGUUUUGUUGCUAUGAAGGUCCAGCAGCCAUCGAACGCGGAUCUGCAGAUCCCCAUGUACAAUGGCUGGCUGCACUCGGUGUUUGU